GAUUCUCCAAAGCCCUCACCUGCUUUUGAAACCUUCAAAACUACUAUUCAUUUCUUUAUAUUAGAUAUUCUACCUAUUCCCAUUUUUAUUCUCUCUCUCUCUCUCUCUCUCUCUCUCUCAAAUUCCUUCCUUUCUCUCAACUCCACUUCCAAAAUCUAACCCUAAAAACCUCUCUCUCUCUCUCUCUCUCUCUCUCUCUCUCUCUCUCUCAUUCCUUUCUUUCUCUCAACUCCACUUCCAAAAUCUAACCCUAAAACCUCUCUCUCUGUCUCUCCAACCAUGGCUCCUUUCUCUCUUCUCCUCUUUCUCCUUUUCUCUCUCUUCACCACCAUCCUCUCCCAACCCCAAUACCCUAAAGGUUUCCUCAUCAACUGUGGCGCCGUUAUCCCAUCCCAAAUCAACGGCCGCCAGUGGCUCCCCGAUUCCCCCUACAUAUCUUCUGGGACGCCCCGGAUCAUCCCCCUCCCUGGCAUCCUCCCUGCUCUCUCCACCCUCCGAUCAUUCCCCCUGUCCGCCAGCCGGAAAUUCUGCUACACCAUCCCCGUCUACCGUACCGGCAAGUACCUCGUCCGCACUACCUACUUCUAUGGUGGGUUCGACGGCCGGGAUUUGCCCCCGGUUUUUGACCAGAUUGUGGAUGGGACGGUGUGGAGCGUGGUUAACACAACAGAGGAUUACCGGAAUGGACUGUCCACGUAUUACGAGGGUGUGUUCUUGGCAAAAGGGCGGACGAUGAGCAUAUGCGUUGGGAGGAACACGUAUACAGAUUCAGAGAUGUUCAUUUCGACAUUGGAGCUGCUGCUGGUGGGGAACUCGCUCUACAAUUCAACUGAUUUUAGCAUGUAUGGCCUAACUACGGUCGCGAGGCACAAUUUCGGAUAUGGAGGACCGGUUUUGAGGUUUCCUGAUGACCAGUUCGAUCGAUUCUGGAGACCAUUUACAGACAGUAAUACUGCCAUAACCAGCCCUGGAAACGCCUCCGCAUCCGGUAUCUGGAAUCUCCCUCCCUCAAAGGUGUUUGACACCGCUCUGACGACAGACCAAGUGAAACCCAUGGAGUUGCAGUGGCCUCCUGUUUCCCUCCCAAAUUCCAACUACUCCAUUGCUUUGUACUUUGCUGAUAACCGUGGUAAUUUAUCAGCGGACUCCACGGUAUUCAAUGUCUCGAUAAACGGCAUAGAGUUCUACCACAAUCUGAAGCCGACUCCUUCUGGUGUUGCUGUCUUUGUGACCCAGUGGCCUCUUUCUGGUCUUACAAAGCUUGUGUUGACUCCUGCGGCUGGAUCAAAUUUGGGUCCUCUGAUCAGUGCUGGAGAGGUUUUCGGCAUACUAGUUCUUGGAGGAAGAACUGUCACACGAGAUAUUAUUGCUUUGGAGGGACUAAGGAAAAAUUUGCAAAACUCUCCCCUUGUUUGGAACGGUGAUCCUUGCCUACCACGUGAAUACUCAUGGACUGGAAUCACAUGCUCUGAAGGAUCCCUUGUCCGCGUUGUUGCUUUGAAUCUUUCGAAUAUGGGUCUUUCUGGAUCUCUGUCUCAGGGUAUUUCCAAUUUGACUGCACUGACCGACAUCUUGCUUGGGAACAACAAUCUGUCAGGACCUAUUCCGGAUCUCAGCCCAUUGAGGAGGCUGGAAAGAUUGCAUUUGCAGGAUAACCAAUUGAGUGGAGAGAUUCCUCCAUCACUAGGAAACAUUGUCCGUCUGCGUGAACUCUUCCUACAGAACAAUAACCUGACUGGUGAAGUUCCAAGCAGCCUAAAAGGAAAAUCCGGAUUAAAUCUCCAGACUUCUGGAAACCAAUUUUCACUAUCAUCAGCUACUCCGCCAUCAUAGUUCAUGCAUCCACCAAAGCUGAUAGGUAUUUGGUCAUAACGCGAGUGAAAGCAAUCCAUGUUUAGCUCUCAUGUAAGCUGACCAAGGAAGAGCUCAUCAAUGAAAUUCGGAGGAACUACAGUGUAUACAAAAGAUGAUAGUGUGCAUCUGUAAAUAUAUACUCAUUUCCAUUCUUUUUAUUUAUUGAGAAAAAUUGAGAUUUGUACCAAAAAGUAUUUGUGAAUGAUGAAUGAGAAAAAUGAUAGUCUAUUGUUUCGUUUU